CUAAAUCAACAGAUCAAGACAAGCAGCGAAUCCAUGGGAGCAGGGUUGAAGCGCGCCAGGGAGGAGCCAGUUGUGUCGCUGGCGCUGUCCCUCAGCACAGAGUCAUCGACGACAUCCACCGCGACGUCGGACAACUCGACCGGUGCACCAGCGACAAGGAAGAGGGUGCGGUGGGGGAGGGUGGUGGUGGCGUCGGGGCAGAGGGAGUUCGUGUGCAAGACAUGUGGCCGGGCGUCCGAGACGUUCCAGGCGCUGGGCGGGCACCGGACAAGCCACCUCUGUGGCCGCCACGGGCUGGAGCUCGGCGUCGCCGUCGCCAGGGCCAUCAGGGAGCAGCAAAGGCGCGAGGACAAGCAGCAACACGAUUGCCACAUCCGCGGGCUGGGCUUCGAGACAGGCCAGGCUAUCGGUGGCCACAUGCGGUGGCACCGCGAGGAGAUGGCGCUCGACCGGUGGGUCACGCUGUCGGAUCAAGAGGCGGGGCACCAGACCGCCGCCGACCGGCUGCCGGUCUUGUUCGAGCUAUUCGUCUAGUCUGCUAGUUGGCAGAUAGGCUCAUUAUCGUUCAACAUUGUAUAGAGUAUGUUUUCCGUGGUUAGCGUUC